AUGAACAACGCACAAGCUGGUCCAUCACGCACCUCCGACGCCGACACUGGGUAUACUCCAGCUCCGCUCCUUACCCUCCCUCCAACGACCUACUGCGCUGUUGAGUAUCCAGGCAUCCUCAGGUCCCUCGACUCAUAUCCGCAUGCACUCGCCACCCUCGGAGGGCAGGAUGCUGUAGACACUGCGUUCAGGAGACUUGCGAGUGGGAGACCGAUGGAGCUGUACCUCAGGCCGGAGGACAAAUUGGCACAUCCGAUUUUGGGAGAAGUGUUGGAGUGGAGGGGUAUGGUCGUGAAGGUUGUGAAGAGGAGGAGGAAGAGAAAGCGUCCGGAGGGGGAGAAUACUGUUGAUGGUGAAAUUGGCAAUGGUAAGGGAAGGGAGAAAGAGGAAGAUGAGGACGGUGGAGUGUACACCACUGAAGUGCUUGGUAUGGCCCGUAAGAUCGCGCGCUUCCGAGCCAUGGCCGACUUUGCUUUCUCACCUCCGGAAGACGAGCCAAUUAUGAAUCUCCGCAAAUCUAUGGACAAUUUGGACGCAAAGGCGAUCCUUGCAUUCGAGUUCAAACCAGUGAAGGAGGACUAUGUUGUGUAUCCGCCUGGUGUCUCUGCCUCUCCAGCGCCUGGAACGACCAAAGGGGCUUCCUCAGACCCCUCUGCUCAACCAACAAGCAACCUACGCCUCUUUCCUCCACCUCGAUUCUCCCGCGCGGCUGUCCCAGCCCUCUACAACUCCCGGAAAAACAUCGCCUCUAUCCCCGUCACGGUCACCGACCCGACCACGGGCGAGGAACGCACUCGUUAUCAGAACAAGUUCAGGCACAGCGCCACCCCCAUCGCUACCAUUUCUUACGACGCUCCCGAUGUGCCCGAAAAGGAACCUGAGGGGGCAGAGAAGGUGUUAGACCAGCCGAGCAUGCGAGUGCUGGAGAAGCUGAGGAAGCUGUUUGAGGAGCGCCCGAUAUGGAGCAGGUUGGCGCUCAAGAACCAGCUUUCAGAGGCGGAGGAUCAGAUCCUUGUCAAUACUCGUCCAAUGUACGCUUACACAGGGUACAUAUUCAGUGACGGCCCAUGGAGGGACUUUCACGUUAAGUGGGGAUACGACCCGCGCAAGAUCCCCGAGUCCAGAAUCUAUCAGCGUAUGCAGUUCCGCAACCUGGAGAACGAGUACACUCGCGCGUCCUCAGUACGCUUCCGCAGGGCGAAUGGUGAAGAGGACCUGCCGAUGGAGGAAGAUUGGCGUGGGAUCACACUGCAGCGGAAUAGGAACACACAUAUAUUCAAUGGCAGGGAGCUCUUUAGGAACGUAGGCAACUACCAGCUGUGCGAUAUGACGGACCCGCUGCUGCAGAAGCAUAUUCACGACCCGAAUGGUGUAGACCAAGAGUGUGAUGCCUCAUACGGCUGGUAUACACCCACAGCCUGGGGGCGCAUUCGCGCUAUCGCACGGCUCAAAUUCCGCGGCCUGGUCGAAGGUCGCAUCCUCACUGAUGCAGAGUGCGAGGAUAUAGAGACUGAAGAGCUUCCUGAGAUCGCUCUCCGGAACGAGCUGCGCCGGUCAGCAGGCCAGAAGAAACUGCGUGAACUGCGCCAGAGGGGAUUGAUUGCUCGGUCAAAAGGGCACAACCAGGCGCUGGAGCCACUACCGCCGGAGGAAGAAGCAGAGCAGAGGAUCAGGAAGAGGCUGGAGGCGGCUCGAGCGGAGGAUGAGGAUGAAGACAUGGAUUAG